CCCGCCUUCUCGCCAAGCUGGACCCUGACAUGCCACCCAAUCGCGUCGCCUAGCGCCUCUGAUGCGACUUCCCCAACCACGACGCGACUGCUCCCACACCAUCAUCCUCACUCCAAUUCUGUUUUGAUUUGUCUUUCCUAACUCUAAAUACGAUACAGAAAGACGCAUUACUAUUUUGUGGCUACACUUUCGUCCCCACAUCACAACAGCGCAUCCCUGCGCGUCAUUCGUCCCGUCUCAACGCGUCGCAAUAUCCGUCAAGUCGCAAAGACAACAUGAGCUCCACAACACCGCAGAGGCCAAACAUGACCGCUCAGUAUACCCCCUCCAAGACACCCUCGCGACGCGUGCUUGGAGAUCUCACCCCAAAGGCCAUAAAUACGCCCUCAACCCCUCAUGGACAGUCUGAAGUUGCUCGAGCCCAAAGCCCGCUCAAGCAGGUUACUACGCACACCCCGACCAAUCCUGUCGGCAAGGAAAACCUCAUGACACCCCAGACCAACUCAAACAGCAAGAAGAGGGGCAUAGAAGAGGUCGAUGGCGCUGAGGCCGUUGAGAGUGUGAAGAUGCUUGCUCACGCCCGCAACGAGAGUCUUCCUACCGCUGGCGUGCGCCUAACCGCCGAUGCGGUGCAGAAGCAUACGGAGAACAAUCCUAUUGGCCUCGCAGAUCCUGGAUCUCCCACUGAGCGCGCUACACCAACACCCUCACCCGAACCAGAGCCGAUACAAGCCUCUCAGAAAAGCAAUCAGUCUUUCUCCGACCUUCUCAACUACGAGCUGUGUGCCAGCCAGAAGAGCGAACAUGGAGAACGUGUAGCUAUGCCAGCGGCUGCCCCCGCAUCAGCACCCGUGGAAGGAAAGAGAAAAUCGCGUGCCGAGCAGUUGCGCACGCGUCUCAAGUUUGGAUUAUACAAGAUCAAGACAAACCAAGUCACGAAACGCGAUGCGGACAUUAUUGGACCCUACGAAGCUCGCGCCUCUUACUCGUCGGACGCGAUCAACGCGUCGAGAUCAACAGCCAUGACAACCUCGCGCGAAUCUCUCGGCGAAUACCGCGUACCCAACAUCACCAUAUCGUCCCCACGACGCGAUCAAGGGCCUGUCUUCGUGAGGGCUAACCUAGACCCCUUCCAUCCAAUUUCCAAACUCGGUCCUGCACCCGUUCAGUUCGCCGUACCCCAAGGCAACAUGCCCGCGUCAUCGCGCAUGGUGCCCGGCUAUGCGUUCUCAUCAUCACCACCCGGGUCUCAACUGCCCCACUCAGUAGCCCCCGAUCAACUCUCAUCGCCUGUGCGACCCAGGAAUUACUAUCCGCCGCACUCCGACUCAAGAAUACGAAUGGACGAGCACGAUGCAGAGCCCAUCAACGUGCAGGAAGAGAACCCGCACUACAGGCUUCAAAGACUGAAGCAACAACACUACAGUCUGGCUGGCAGUGUCGGCGGUGUCAAGAGCGAUGCCGCAGAAGGCCUGCUACAACUCAUGCAAGAUACACGGUAGAUACCUCGAGUACAAACAUGGACACAUUAGUACUUGUUGAUCCGUGGUUUUUGAAAUCGCCAGACUUUGGCCUAAUCAAUUCUUACGAAAUCAUUAUUCGCACGAACAGCAUAUUCCACAGUGAUGUUUUUGACGUGACACUC